UUUUUCUCCGGUUCUUCGGUUUCAAAUUUUUAUUCCAAAAUUUCUAUAAUAAUUUGAAAUAUUCAAAUAUUUUAUCUGAAUCGUUCUAUUUAUUUGAUAUAUUUAACAUGAAUUAUCCAAACUAUCUGAAAUAACUAUUCCGAAACUAGAACCAAAUCUGAACUAAAAAUUAUGAAGUAGUAAAUAGAUAUUCUAGUCGUCUAUCUUAAAUGAUUCGAUAUUUGAACCGAACCGAUAUCUGAAAUGUGCCUAUGCCUAGUACACACAUUUGGAGAUUUUUAUUUUUUUUAUGAAAUGAAAAAAAAACACUGAGUUCAGAAUUGUACAAAGAGAAUCGCAAUUAUUAUUUUUAACUGAAGAUAUAAAUACGUAAAAAGAGCCAAUGGGAAAGUUGCUAUUUGAAAUUCCAAACCGGACGUGAAAGUAUUUAUCAACCAAAACUCACUGUUGUCGGUCUUAACGACAAGAUAAUUACUCUAUUAUUUAAUGUAUGUAUAUACUAUAUACCAGUAUAUAUAUUCACUUUCUAUAAUAUCUCUUGAAAAUCUGAAAAAUCCUAAUUCUUUCUUCUUCUUUUUUUGCUUAAUCUCAUCUUUGACGUUAAAAUUUUGACGCUCUUUUUUUUUUCUUUCUGCUUUGUCUGCAGUUAGUAUUCCCAUGUUUUUUCCGUUGGGAAAUAUAUUUCAGGCUUGAGGUUUUGGAGGUGGUCACUGAGGAGAAAUCUGUUCUUCUCUUUACGAAAACCUCAGUUAUAAGAGGAACGUGAGACAGUUUAGACAAACAUAGUUCAGUUUCUCUUGUGCCUGGCUGAGUUGAUUUCACAGAAGAAGAAAAAAGGAAAUUUUUUUUUUGCAGAAUUUGAAAAUGGAAACAAGCGAUAAAAUCAGCUUUGGAGUGACUGUGAUAGGAGCAGAAGGUCCAUCUACGUUUCAUAUGGCCCCCAGACCAUCGGAUGAGAUCCCUAACCAGUUUCUUGGCUCAUCUCUGGCUCCCAUGGAAGCUCCAAUGGCUAGUGCAAGCUCGGGGGAUGCCUUGGGGAAGAAGAAGAGGGGCAGACCUCGUAAAUAUGAAGCCAAUGGAGCUCUUUUGCCCAUGCAAAUUUGUUCAUCGGCUUCUCUUGUGAAGAAGAAACGUGGAAGAGGCAAGUUUAAUGGUUUAGAUAUGAAGAUGCAUAAGCGUAUGGGAUUCCAUACUUCUGGUGAAAGGUUUGGGGUUGGUUUUGGAUCAAAUUUCACGCCACAUAUAAUCACAGUGAAUGCUGGCGAGGAUAUUAACAUGAGAGUCAUCUCGUUUUCACAACAAGGACCAAAAGCUAUUUGUAUUUUAUCAGCAAAUGGAGUUAUUUCAAACGUCACUCUUCGCCACCCCGAUUCCUGCGGUGGUACUCUUACCUACGAGGGUCGGUUUGAGAUACUGUCGCUGUCUGGUACUUUUAUGGAAACAGAGAAUAUAGGUUCAAGAGGCCGGUCUGGUGGCAUGAGCGUCUCUUUGGCGGGUCCUGAUGGUCGUGUUGUUGGUGGCGGCGUGGCUGGCCUGCUCAUUGCAGCCACUCCUAUUCAGGUUGUUGUUGGCAGUUUUGUAACUGGUGAUCAGCAAGAACAUAAGAAACCACUAAGGAAGCAACGAGUCGACCAUACUACCUCAUCAACGGUCAUGGCAUUGCCUCCUCCUCCUCCUCCUUCCGUCUUCUCAUCGUCAAACCCAGAGAGAGAGCAGCCACUUCCAUCUUCACUCGACAUUUCCAGCUGGAAUAACGGAGAGGACAACCUGAGAAGCUUAGACACUGACAUCAACGUAUCUUCACCGGCUCACUGAGUUUCCCAGACCUGAUCAAGGGUCAAAAAUUAGGUUUCCGGACUAACUCUAUUCCGUCCGUACAAUCUUUUUAGAAUAAGGGAUUGUUGAAGCUUAAUGUUACUGUACGCUUUUCUUGUACGCCAAGUUAAUUAUCUGUCCUUAAGUAAACAACCUGACCUGAGCUUCUUCUACUUAUUGUAAUAGAACCUGCCAGUUUCCGUUGCGUUUUAUUCCCUUUUUUAA